AUGGCAGGAAAAAAUAAUGAACCCAUCAAUGCUGUUCACCAUGAGAAAACGGAUGAAAACGAGGCUAUACCUCAGGUCAUUGGAAUAACCAAUGCAUUCGACCAGGCCAUGGCACAGGAACCGCCUCGUAUCUUUGAAAGGGGCCAGAUGAUGACCAUUGGAGUCUCACUAGUCGGCUUCUGCUGCUCCACGGCCUCUGGCUACGAUGCCUCCCUGAUCAACAAUCUCCUUCAAAACCCGUGGUUCAGAGAGACCUACAAUGUUGAGAGCUCAGGUAUCUGGGCUGGUAUUGUGGCUUCCAUGAUGCAAGUUGGUGGCGUUGCUGCCAUGCCAUUUAUCGGCCCAACGAUGGACUAUUUCGGACGUCGAAGUGGCCUCUUUCUCGGAGCACUCUCCAUCAUCAUAGGCACAAUCAUCCAAGGUACAUCCACCAGCGCUUGUCAGUUCAUGGGUGGCCGCUUUUUCAUCGGGUUUGGCGCCAUCAUGAAUGGUGCCAGUGGACCAAUAUACGUACUCGAGAUCAAUCACCCAGCUUAUCGCUCAGUAAUGGGUGCUUUAUACAACACUCUAUACUUCUCUGGGGCUAUUAUCGCUGCUGGUGCCGCGCGUGGUGGUCUUAACAUCGGUGGAAAUGCUUCGUGGCGUCUUAUUACCUGGCUUCAAUGUCUCUUCGCUGGAAUUAUCAUCGUUUUGUCUCCUUGGAUUCCCGAAUCUCCUCGAUGGCUCUACGUUCAUAAUAAGGGAGAAAAAGCAGUCGCCGUUCUCGCCAAGUAUCAUGGAAGGGGAAACUCUGAGUCACCUUGGGUCAAGCUCCAGCUUCAAGAGUACGAGGAAUUUCUUAACUUGGAUGGCAGUGACAAGAGGUGGUGGGACUACCGUGCCCUGUUUCAUACUCGAGCCUCUGUAUAUCGGCUGUGUUGCAAUCUCUGGGUUUCAGUCGCUGCUCAAUGGGCUGGUAAUUCCGUGCUUUCUUACUUUCUGGGCGCUGUCCUGGAGACGGCCGGUUACAGCGAUCCAAUUCAACAAGCAAACAUUACCCUGAUUAAUAAUUGCCAGCAGUGGGCAUUCGCAAUUCUCGGAGCAUGUUAUGUCGAGCGAGUUGGUCGUCGGCCUCUACUUAUGUUUGCCUUCAUUGGCUGUAGUAUAACUUGGGCGGUUGGUACUAACGUUGCUGCAUCCAAGGCUUCGCUCGGUCUGAUCUUUAUUUUUGGCUCGAUCUUCUCCAUCGGGAUCACGCCUCUCCAAAGCCUUUAUCCCAUGGAGGUGCUCUCUUAUGAAAUGCGAGCAAAGGGGUCAGCACUCUCCACUCUAGUUAUCAGCGCCGCCAUGCUUCUCAACCAGUUUGCUUGGCCCGUUGCAAUACGCAACAUUACCUGGAAGACGUACAUCAUUUUUGCGGUCUGGAACAUGGUGCAAGCGGCCACUAUCUAUUUCUUCAUUCCUGAGACCAAAAACCGAACUCUUGAGGAGUUAGAUGAAGUCUUUGAAGCAGCAAACCCUGUUAAGGUCUCUCUUGCCAAUAGGGCUGUAAUGGUUAAUAAUGAAGACCAUUUUAUUGCAGGUAGCGAUGCAUAA